GGGGCCAACCCUUUCAAGUUUUGUACUACUAUCAUGACUACGAGUAGUAAUGUACCGGUACCUACUAAGAUUUAGGCUCACAAGUGGUAGUGGGCAGGCAAAAACUAGUACUACUACUUCAUGACAAAAAUCAAAAAAAAUUCAAAUAGUUGUCUGAUCGUACGUUCCUACCUACUAGCAAUGGAAAAAGAGACGACCCCUGAUGACAGCGACCACCAGACGACAAGAGACGUGGUGCCAAGCCGUAGGAGGGUGGCAAUCGGACGCGGUACGAAGAUAACAAAACCUUGCUCACUUGGCUCGUCUGGUUGGUGACAAGGGACCUCCCCCCCCCUUUCUAACAGCAGGCACGACUGCCAUAAAACGGGGGAGUGAUUUGAAGUAUCCUGUUGUUUUCUCAAGAAAUUGUCAGUCACGCGGUGUACCUCGACAUAUCUGUGGUUCUGUGAAGAAGGGACGCUGUCAGAAGAAUGUGAUAACCGUAGUUUUUGAUUACUAAGAUUUAACUUUAAGGUCUAUUUGGAGUGCGGUGGUUCCACCAGUUCUCCUCACUGUUACAAAACCUGUUGUCGUUGUUUCGAUUAAGUCUAUGUCGUACCACAGACAUAUCCGCACUUUUCGAACGCUGGAUCAAUCUUGAGAGUUUGUUUUCACCGUUUGCGUGGGGACUUUUGGACCGCUCCAAUUGCCUUUCACAUCUGUCUCUAACUCGCUGAGCACUCCUUGUACGUGUCAAUCUUCCUCGACUCACGGCCCGUGCCAUUUCUUUCGCCUUGCGUGUUUCUUCGUCGUCGUCGCUCUUGAUUUCGACCGUUACCCUUCCGAGCUCCCUUUUCAGCUUACCGUUCGAUGCUUCGAGACCCCUAACCCGGUCUCUCAGGUCUUGUAUUUGUCUUCGGUAGGAUUGCUCGGUGGCAUCCCUCUUUUGGUUCCAUAUUUUGUCGACGAGCUGCAUACUUGAUGGCUUUUCGGGGCGCAGUUUUUCGAGAUUUUGUUGGUCCCGUUCCGCCCUCAAUCGGUCGAGCUCCGAUUUCAAAAAUCUCAGCUCCUCGUCUUUCUUAUCCUUUUCUUGCCUUGCCACUAAUUUUAGAGCUGUCAUUCUGUCCAUCAACUCGUUGUUCUCAUUCAUGAGAUCGGUGAUUUGAGCAACCAAGUGGUCACCGGCAGGACGAUCCAAGGCCGCUAUCUUUUCUUUUUCCAACUCUUCUUGUUUCUUUAUCAGAUCUUGUUCUCUCAGUUCCAGUUUUGUGCUGAGUCGAUCGACCUCGGAAACGAGAUUCUUUCUCUCGUUCGCGGCGUCUCUGAUGUUCGCCUCGAGCUCUGCUAUUUUACUAUCCGUCCCAUCAAUUUCUUCUUUUUGCUCUGCCGUGACUUGCUUCAGCCUCCAAACUUCGUGUUUGGACUCCAUCAAUUGUUUCUGAAGUUCGGCGACCAUUUGCAUCGCUGUCGCCUGGUCGUCAUGGCCCUCGGCAAUGCUGCGCGAGCUUGAGGGCAGACACGACGUGCCCUCUGUUUUUCUGGGAGUGCUUGGUCUCCUUUUCGGACGGGGUACUAACCGUUUGGCUGGUUUGGCGUCCGAAUUCUUUUCAUUAGAUUGGGACCGUCUUGGUUUGCUCGGAAUCUCGUCGUGGCUCAAGCUGCCGUUGUCGCUACCGUGUGUGCUAUUGUCCAAUCUAUCCAAUGCUUCCCUUGAAAAUGGUCUCCCCCGAGUUCGUACUCGGCUAUCAUUAGACUUGUAUGACAAAACGGAAGAAGCGCCACUAUCUUCAGUAAGACUCCAAUCACUGGGCACAUUCCGCCGGCGACCGCCGCGUAUCUUGCGGCCCAAUCGCCCCUCCACCUUUUCCUCGACGGAGUGUCCUGUCGUUGUUUCCGCGCAAUUCUCGUAAGCAUUUGUAGCGUUUGCUGUCGACUUUCUGCGUACCCUUUUAAUCUUGUUGCCUUUCUCGUCCACUCGCCACAGCUGCCCGUCAAUUUCCUUUAUACUUUUCGGUAGUUUCAGCAUCUUUCCAGCUGGCAUAGAUUUGAUGCACGAUGGUGUCGAUGUUCCAACGCUUUUAUCCGUGCUGUUUUUUCGAUUGAAGAAUUCUCCCAGCGCGGACUUCGAUCGUACCAAAGGACGCUUUUCCGAGGAGGAGUUUCCAUCUUCGGCUUUGCCCUUAUCGAUUUUUUCGCUGAAGCUGGCCCGACGGAACAAUUCUCCCAGAGAAUUCUUGGACUUGCUACGCCUCAAAGAAGGUUUUUCCAUAGGAGGACUUUCCCGCACAUGGUCUUCCACACUCUGGCUUAUCAACUCGUCCAAUCCUGUUCGUUCUUCGGCUUCUUUUUCAACCCCAUCUAGCUGGAUGGAAGGCAGCACCUCAGACCUAGCUCGUCGGUGCUGCGAAAUUUUAGGGCGAACAUCCAUGGAAGGAGGAGACAAGGAUGGUGUAGCGUUGCUCUGGCUUCGAGACCGUGCGAUUCUUGGUGACUUGGAACGUUUCUUUCUCAACGAAAUACUUUUCUGAUCUGUCGCUGAUUUCUUUUCUCCUUUAAGCUCGACGCCCAUAGGCUGUUGCUUUGUUCGCCCCGACCUUACAGAAGCUAUUGUCGAUGCUGCUGUAGAUGCUGUACUUGUAGAUCUGAGCGUGCGGGCUGACUUGGUGGAUAUGGUCAAUGAAGAAUCAUCCAACACAAAGGAGUCCUGUGCCAAGUAAUCCGAAGAAGAAUCUCUCUUUGGAAUUCUCUUGAUCUUCCUAGAUUUCUUGCUUCUUGUACUCCUUCCGCUCCUUGAACUUCUUGUACUCUUAACAGACUUUUCGUCAUCAAAUAAAUCCGAACUAUCGACAUCCGCCUUCGGUUUCUUUUUCUUUUUCCUUGGGUUCACCGGCGCUAUCGGCGCUAUUUCAGGAGCCGCCAUGGUUUAAUGAUUCUUUAUGUCAAUUUGAGUUAUCUCUAGAGGAUGGAAAAACGAAGUGAAAUGUGCUGAUACUGUGAUGCAAGAAUUACAAAGUGUUUUGAAUAUGUACCUGUCGACGAGACUCUCUCUCUCUUUUAUCUCUAUUCUUUUAUUAUGUCUCCGUAGCGGUUCGAUUGCUUUACGUCCUGCGAUUGGUUGCAAUUGAAACAAAGGGAAUUAAAAUGCUGGAUUUUGUGAUAGACAAUUUUUUCAACUUUCGUCGCGGAUCCAAUUGAAAUAGACAAAUUUUUACAACCGUCACAGAAACCCAACAACGAAAAUUCUGACAAUUAUUUUCGAGCUCUAUGCCAGAACCCAUUUUCUCGAGUUAAUUGUUCUGAUAAUUGUUUACGAUCAACCUUUCCAUCUUGCAAGAUGAAAAGACAAGAAAUCUGAUCGAGGCCCAUAUUGGAAACCUUAUUUAAGCUUUGAAAAUAUCAAAGAUUUAUAUCGGUUUCAACUCUAUAGCCUUUCAGGCUAUUAUAUAGUAAGUGUUUCACGACUGAAGUAUUGGUACGAUUCACCAAAUUUAAUGCAUCAAUAAAUGUUGGCCACCGAACACAGUGUCUUGGAGUCUCUUUUCGACAAAAUUGACGUCUGUCACAGAGACUGUAACUUUUUAAACGAGGUAAAAUUAAUUAAGCACAAUAGGUCAC